AUGAACAAAGAGAAUAAAGAAAUACCGCAACCAACUACUGAAUAUUCCGCAUUGGAGGGGAUCGAGUUAGUGCAGCUAAAUGGAGAAACCGAGAGGAAAAUUAAAGCAGCCAGCUUGUGGGAGAAGAAUCCCUUGUUAAUUAUGGUUGUCCGUAGACCAGGAUGUCAACUAUGUAGAGAGGAAGUGGUUCGAUAUGCUCAACAUAGGGAUCUUAUCACUAAUAAGCUAGGUAUUCCAAUGAUAGCAGUAGUACAUGAAAGAAUCGAUGAUGAAGUGGAACAAUUCAACAAUGGAUUUUGGUCUGGCGAUGUAUAUUAUGACGAGAAGAAGGAAUUUUAUAAUGCCCUCGGAGGCGGAACGCUAAGAUGGGGAGGAUAUUUGAGCAUGUUUAAGCCUUCCGUUUGGAGCAAUAUCAAUAGGAACCGACAAACGAAUGUCAAUGGAAACUUCAAAGGCGAAGGUCGAAUUCUCGGGGGGCUUUAUAUUCUUCGCCCUGGCAAUAGCGGAAUCGCAUAUGAGUAUCGUGAAAAGGUUUGGGGAGAUCAUGCCCCAUUCGCUCAUGUGAUGACUGUAUUGCAGCAAUUGAGUCCCAAUGGGAAUAAAGAGGAUGUCGGAGAAGCUGUGAAGAAUGCUUUAGAUAGUGAAGGGAAAGUUAGAUUGGAAAAGGGACAAGAGAAUUAUGAGGGUAUGGUUUGCGUCAAGGAUGGCACAUGUCAGUGA